CCUCCUUGGUUCCUGGCCAUUUUUUGAGCUUACACCCCUCCCUUUUCCCUUCUCUUGUCUUCUCCUUUCUCUUCUCCACUCCCCCUCUUUUUCCAUCACCCCUCUCACACCAUUCAGCCUGCAGGAGCUGCAGCAGCAGUCUUCUCGACACGAGGGAGGGGAAUAAUGCACAGAAUUAAGACUCUCUCUGCCUCCGGGAGCUGAGAAAUGCAAGACAAUGUGUGAAGGCUAAUAAGGAAUACAAAGAGGACCAAGAAAGACCAAACAGUGAAGGGAUAGCCUUAGGAAGCCCAGAGCACACCACAGGGGACCUUACAAAGAAAGGCGGGAGACGAUGGACGGAAUGUUGUUGAUGGUGGACCAGAACCCUGUUCUCUCAGUGUUGCUGUUCUCUCUCAUGUUCAGGGUGGUCCAUCAUCUCCUAAGGAAGCUUCCUCUGCCUAAAGUAGUAGAGCACGAUGAGCUUCGCUCCUGGAAGUGGAGAAACCUCAGCGUGUCUCUGGUCCAUUCACUGCUCACCGGCCCAUGGGCCAUCACCUGUGUGAGCCUAUGGCCAGAGAUGCUGAGUAACAUGCAUUCUUUCUCCACACCAGUCUGCUACAUGCUCGUGAGUGUUUCAGCAGGUUAUUUUGUGCAAGAUGCUGGUGACAUCAUAUUUUCAGGACAUGCCCUAGGAUCAUGGGAGUUCCUGCUCCAUCACUUCUUGGUGUUGUGGUGCUUCCUGUACAAUCUGUACAACCAGCGCUAUGUGGCUGGAGCAGCGGUUGCCCUCCUGGUAGAAGUCAACAGCAUGACCCUCCAUGCACGCUUGCUGCUGAAACUGGCAGGAGCUCAAGGGUCCCGUCUCUACAACGCCAACAAGUACUUCAACCUCUUCACCUACGUCACCUUCCGCCUCGGUACCCAGUUUUACAUAACCUAUUACAUCAUCAUCAACUUCUCUGUGCUGCAACAUGGCAGCUACUUCCUGCUCACCGUGCUCCUCAUGGACACCAUGAUCCUCAUCUACUUCUACCGAUUGCUCAGGGCUGACUUUUGGCCCAGAGGGAAGGGCCACAUCAUACAGAAUGGUGCUCACCGAAGCUCCUCUCAGCUCUUCGAUGACUGAUCAGACAUUGGAAGGUGAAUAAAAACCUGAGUGUCUGUUUCAUUACCCUCAGUACCCUCAAGACUGUGUUUCUGCCUGGUCAUUUCAGUGUCUUGUAUUUGGGUUGUAUCCUGAUAAGUGUCACAUUAUUUGUACUUGUAGUUAAAACAUCUGGACAUGCAUUAGCAAAGCUGAAACAUGAUUUCAGUAUUACACAUUAACAGACUAUGAAUUAAUCAUUGUGUUCUGCAUCCAGCGCUAUUCUUUUUUUUAGCAUUUCAGUUUUUCCCGCCAUCAAAAAUCAAAACGUCUACCUUCUGUUUUUAAUCUCUUUCAAACAUCUGGCUUGGUGAGAUGGAUAUAUUUACACUUAUGUGUGGCUAAAAAGUUUCAUACAUCCUUUUUGAAGUGGUUUGAGCAAUUAGAUUUUAAAUCUAUUUUAAAUGAAUUCUGGGUGAAAUCACAUGUACUUUUAUGUAGAUAAUCCCUAUCCAGAUAUAAUCCUUAUAUUCAAGACGCAUGAAACAACCAAGUGUUAUAAGAGUCUUAACUGAAUGGUUUUGUCUAGCUCAGUUCACUGGGAUAUGUGUUUUACCCUGAAACUCUGUGACUGCCUCUCUCUGCCUUCUCUCAAGAGCUCCUCAAGAAUCUCACUGCCUCCUGUGUCUGUGCAAUGGUGAUUAAUGUCUAAUGGGAUGUGGGUAAGCUGUGUGGCCUUCACUGUCAGACCUUGUGGGCCGACUUCGUGGUCGUAAACAAAACAAGCAAUAAUGUAGCAUCGAGUGGCAGACGGUUUUAAAGCAUCUCGUUAUACCAUGGAUAACGUUCACCUUUUUUGUAAUUCAUAUUUACAGUCACAACAGUACACGUGUCUACUAAUCUCCAGACUGGAAAUCUAAAUUGUUAUUUUAUUACAUUGGGUGUGCUUGAAAAAUGUAUUUCAUAUAGAAAAAGCGACAUAUGAAAAGUCCUAGAUUUUUUAACUUCUGAACUUUUAACGUUUAUCAAUCACAUAACACUGCAAAUUAAUUCACUAGGGAAUUGUAGGUUACGUAAAAAUCCGGGUGAAUGAAAAUGUAGUUUAUGCCAGAGAGAGAACCUGUGCUUUAUUGCUAUAACUGAACAGCUAGACAGAGCUAGACAGCUAAUAGGUAGACCAAACACCAAUACUAGCUAGGUGUCCAUGGGCCAUUUGUGAAUGCUACCAGUUUAACUAACAUGCUGAUGGUCCUCAGAUAACAAAGUCCUGUCCUAAACAAUGUUUUCCUUAUUUUCAAGUAUUAAAAGCACUUAGGCUGUAUAUUCAGGAGAACUGCAAAGUAUUACAAACUGAAGGAAUAAUGCAUUGGUGCUUUAUGUUGCAGGUCUGUUUUUUUUGCAUGUAUAAAAGCACAAAAAGAUGAUUUUGCAAGAAUAUAUCAUAAAUCAACACCUGUACAUAUACCUUACUCAUCUCUUACCAUAUGUAUUGUGGCUUGAGGAAGUAUUUCUUCCAGGUUAUGGGGGGUCUGUGAAUUUAUUAAGUCACCAUUUGAAGAUUUGCAUCGAGAAGUUCUUCUUUUGCAUCCUGCAGGUCGGAACUGUGACUUAAACGUAAAGGGUUCGAGUCAAAUGUGCCUUAUGAUGAGUGAAGACUUUGAACAGGCCUUUAGACUUUAAACUGCGAGUGAACCAGUCAUUAUUUAUUGUGUUUGCAUAAAAUGAUUGUGAAUAAACUUGUGCUAAAAUAAUUUCAGACUCAUUUCUUUGUAUAGAAGGGUGGAAACUGCACAUAACGCUCACAGGUGAGUAACUGAUACAGAACAUGACAACAACAACAACAACAAUGCAGUUCACAUUGAUUCAGGUAGUUUUACAGUAUGGCUGUAAUGGAACAGGUCUGCAAGUAAGAAUUAAUUCAUGAACUGUUUUAUGUGAAUGUUUUUUUCUAUGAGAUUGUCUAUUGCUCUGCACUCAGUGAAAUGUAAUGUAAUGUAUUUGUAUAACAUUUCAUUGUAUAGCUGUUCUUCCACAAUGGAUCUGGAAAAUGGAGGACUGAAAUACAAUUAGAGCUCACAAAAUAUUUUUACUUGCCAACUCUCUCUCUGUCUCUCUCUGUCUCUGUCUCUCUUUAUCUGUCUCUCUCUCACACACACACACAUAUACACACACACACAUAUAAACACUAACAU